AUGAAUAAUUCAGUAUCGGAUCCGACUGAUUAUGCUAAAUCUUCAAUACCGAAACUAUCACAGUUAGAUUCGUUAUUAAGAUGUCAUAUUUGUAAGAAUUUUUUAAAAAAUCCUGUUCUUACGCCAUGUAGUCAUACAUUUUGUUCAAUUUGCAUGAGACUAUAUUUAAGCAAAGAAGCAAAGUGUCCACUGUGCUUGAAAGAAGUACGAGAAUCAAUGUUAAGGAGUGAAUAUUUGGUUAAUGAGAUAGUUGGAUCGUAUACUAAUAUCAGAGAUGAACUAUUGGCAAACUUGAAGAAACAAGAGGCUAGACAAGAUGGUCAAGAUAUCUCGAUUGUUGAAGUGGAAUCCGACUCGGAAAGUCUACAAGUCUUAGAUAUAGAAGAGGAUACCAAGCAAUAUAUUAGCAAGCAGUUAUCAAAUCAGAGAAACAGGAUAAACAACAGUCAUAUGACCAAAAAGGUAACGAAGAAGAGCAACGAUAUACACAGCUUUUUAAAAUCCAAAAGUAAUGACAUUAUGUUAAAAAAUUCACAACUAAUAGAAUGCCCAGUUUGCUCAAAAAUGGUACCGAAACAAACACUAGAAAGUUUACAUCUUGAUAAAUGCUUAGAAGAACAAUCAUCAAAGCAAACUGACUCUUCUAAUAAUAAUGAUGAUUUGACUGUCUUAUCUGAAAAUAUUACAGAAUUCGAAAGCGAUAAUAGCAAGGACAAAUCAAAGAAAAUUACUAAACAUCGUGCCAAAAUAAAUGACUCUAAACUAAUUCCUAAUGAAAAAACAUCUAACCAUUUUGAUAGGUAUUUACAAUCGACUGCUGCCUCAGAACAUCAGCGUUUACCCAAAAUAAACUUUUCGCACAUGGUGACUUCCCAAAUAAAACUAAAAUUAGCAUCACUUAACUUGCCAUCCACUGGUACCAGACAGAAUAUGAUUGAAAGGUAUAAUCAUUAUGAAAUUUUAUGGAAUAGCAAUUUUUGUGAUUCAAUUAACCCAGUAGCUGAAAGCGAAUUACGUCGACAAUUAGCAAGUUGGGAAGUAUCUCAAAAAAAAGCAUCGAACUCGUCUGGAAAUUCAAUCUCAAGCUUAAUGGAAAUAGCUAAAGCAAGCAAUCACGGUCUAUCAUAUAAAACAUUAAUGUUAAAAUUCAGAACCGAUUCAUUCAAUAAAAAAGCUUGGGCUAAUAUAUUUGCUAAAGAAUUUAACGAACUGAAAAAGGAAGCUAUGUCGAAGUUAAAGAAAGGCAAAAUAAAAUCAAUAAAUGAAGUACCAAGUGAAACACAGAAUGAGGAAAAGAAGGAGCAACGAAAUGAACGCAACGAUAUAACACAAAACGAGAUAGAACCUAAUACAUGUUUUGAUCUUUUAAGUUCGGAAAACGUAAUUGAAUUGACACAACAAAGCAAUAGCAAUGACUCGAUACCAGAUAUUACAAUUUCAAACACUCAAGAAUAUUAG